GCCGCUUAAUCAGUUCUCGAGCGUCGCAAAGUCGACUUCAAUACGGUUACGACGUUUUGAUAUACUGCAGUCCGAUACUGACUCUGAGAUACCGUCCACAAAAAAGUCGAAAGUUACGAGAAUUCAUCAAAAAAUUCGUUUGUCGCGACAAUGCGUGCUUUCUGGUUAAUGCUCUCCAUCCAAGUUGCUUUGUGCUAUUGCCAUUACACUUAUGAGCCAGACCCCACUUGGAACAUUCGAUCAACCAACGAACUAAAGGAUAAGAACUUUUGGUAUCAUGAUGCUCAGCGCACAGUCUUUGAUAAGCUGGCACAGCAGCCAAAUCUGUAUCUGGCCAAGAAUGUAAUCUUCUUCUUAGGCGAUGGAAUGUCGGUGCCAACAGUUACAGCUGGACGCAUUUACGAUGGGCAGUUGAAGGGCCAAAUUGGGGAACGCAAUCGUCUGGAGUUUGAGAAGUUCGAAUACGUGGGUUUGUCGAAAACGUACUGCGUCAACAAACAGGUUGCCGACUCGGCCUGCACUGCCUCGGCCUAUUUGUCGGGUAUUAAGGCCAAUUACCUGACAAUCGGUGUCUCCGCCGAUGUUCAAUUAAACGAUUGUGCUAGUGCUCAACAGCCGGAGCAUCGGCUCUCCUCCAUUGCAGCCUGGGCACAACGGGCACAUAAAUCCGCUGGCCUGGUGACCACAACACGUGUUACCCACGCGAGUCCAGCUGGCGUCUAUGCACAUACCUCUAAUCGGGAUUUUGAGAGUGAUAAGGAUGUGCAUGACCUGGGUCAAAAUCCAAGCGAUUGCCCUGAUAUAGCGCAGCAACUGCUCGAAGGUGUGGGCAAGAACUUAAAGGUCGUCUUGGGUGGCGGUACUAAAAAGUUUCUGCCCAACACCAUGACUGACAUUUAUGGAAAUGUUGGCGAUCGUCUUGAUGGACGCAAUCUUAUCGAGGAGUGGCAGCAGAGCAAACAUCAGGGCAAUACACGUGUCGUCUUCAAUCGUACCGAACUGCUAAAUACAGAUCUGCGGCACACUGACCAUCUGCUGGGUUUAUUCAAUGCCUCGCACAUGGCUUAUCAUUUGGACGACAGCAUUGAUACUCCCACACUCGCGGAGAUGACUGAAGCAGCCAUAGAAGUUUUGUCCUCAAACCCCUUGGGUUAUUUCCUGUUCGUUGAAGGCGGUCGCAUUGAUCAUGCUCAUCACGAGACCAAAGCGAAGAAGGCAUUGGACGAAACGGUUCAAUUUUCAAAUGCUGUUAAACGGGCACGCAGAUUAACGGAUCCUUGGGAUACUUUGAUUGUAGUCAGCGCUGAUCACGGACAUACCAUGACCAUAAACGGUUAUCCGGACAUUGAUAAUAGCAUCAUCGGUCUAAGCUCGGAGCUGAGCGAUAUUGACAAUUUACCCUACGCCACCUUAUCAUAUGCCAAUGGACCGGACUACCAAAGGUUCUAUACUGCGGCUGUAAACGGUUCUGUUGAGCGUGUUGACCUCAGAAAUCUCAACAUUGGCGACAAGGAUGAGAGAUAUCCGCAUGGGGUCCCCAUGUCCGAGGAGACUCACGGUGGAGGCGAUGUAGCCGUAUAUGCCAAUGGUCCUUGGGCACACUUGUUUAGCGGCGUCUAUGAGCAAAAUACUUUACCACAUCUAAUGGCCUAUGCUUCCUGCAUUGGACCAGGAAUCAAAGCGUGUGAUCUCCGGCCUAAUCCUUAUAAUACCUAUAGGCCUUAAGGUAUCAAUUGUUAUUAAAAAAAUAUAUAUAUAAUGGAAAUGUUAUAAAUAAAACAAAAAAACAUCCUG